UCCUUAUUAACAACAGAAGCAAUCAAAAGAGUCACUCACUUCUCUCCGAACUUGCAGCGAGCAGAGCUACGGCCAGUAGUGACUGCCCGAGUGAACUCUCCACUCUCCUAAGCUUAUAUCCUGCAGAGACUUGCUGGGAAAUAUCUCUCUCUCCUUUAAAAAAGCAAUCCUUGAUCUUAUCUCCAUUCGUCCCCACGUUUCAAUGAGUAGAAAAGUUUGAGGAGCAUCACCUCCACUGAAGAGACUAAAAUGACAACUGCAGUCACCCACACUAGUGCUAAUACCCAUUCUGUCAGUACACCAACAACAAGACCCGCAGCAAUGGCUGACUCUGGCCUCCUCCGAAGUCACGAGUGUCGUUCUCGUGAUAUCAAGCGUCGGAUCGAAGUCAUACAAAAGAAAAUGGCUGACCUUGAGGAGCUCGGCGUCCCAUGUGGGUUUUGCUAUGCGUCCAUUCGUAACAGUGGAACCCUGUUCACUAUGGGUCAUCCCGCAAUCACUCAACCUAUAGAGAAAUCACGUCACGUCAUAUUGAACCAUUUAUCAAACUGGUCAGAGAAAGGGGAGGAGGCUGGAACACUGAGCGAGAGGAGAAAGAAGGUCCACGUCUUGUUGCCGCCUCUCAUGCGACCCCUCGGGGAGCUCUCAAUAUCUGAGCUAAGGGGUCUGAUAAUUGGUAUCGUCAAAGAUCUGGGUCUGAAAUGGAGCGAUCCUAGACCCUCGUUUUGGCCCGAGGAAAUCCCCUUUCAAUAUCCUAGGAGUACACCUGAUGGCUAUCAAGGUUGUUGGUCAGAUGGUCUAAGACAAGUACUACAGUCCAUAUAUUCUUAUUUCAACUACGACAUAGCCUCUCAAGUCCCCAGCAGGACUCGCUCUACUGUCCUCUCCUCCUCUUCCUCCUCUCAUUCCUCCAUAUCUUCACCGCUCUUGCCUCUUACGACCUUCCCCGUGUUCAAUGGGUUGCCAACAACCACUCUCACGCCUGUAGCACAGGACGACGACGAAGAGGAAGACGUUGACGUUGGUACUUUGGAGAACGUUGGUCCACAAGCCAACACUCACUCGGUAGAACCCAAAUACGAGGAAGAGCUAACGUCCGAUCAAGAUGAAGGGGAAGAGGAAGGGGUGGAGCUUGAACGCCCACUCACUCACGCCGUCAGUUAUUUUGGGUACGAGUUAGCACGGAGUGAGUCAAGCCACACUUCUUCUCCUCUGGCUAGUUCUACUCAAGACAGUGAAGAGGUCGGUAGGGAGACACCACUUCCACUGCUACCGAUCACCACAGACACUAAAGGACUCUCAUUGCUACAGCCACAGUUGCUGUACUGUGCUCCUGGUGGGAUAUAUCCACAGCUUUAUCCUGCUCUGCAUUUAUCCGGAACUACUCCUUUACUUCUACCACCAAGUUUGCUGAUGAAGCAGCUUUACUCUACGCCCACUCAAUUAACGAGUAUUCAGUCCCCACCUGCUGAUUCUAGCAGUUCUGAAGGUCAUAGCGAGCAUGUGUUCUCACAGAUGCUGUCAAAUGGUAGCUCACUCUCACCCUCACAAGUCUCACCUUCUCAAUUAUCACCUUCACACCUUUCGCCAAGCAACAGGAAAAUGGCUACGAGCGCUAGGAGAGAUAAUGAGCCACACCCUCUCCCAGCCCCUCCUCCCCCUCCUCCUCCUUCUGAGAGCAAGAACCGCAAGUCAAAGAACGGGAUUUAUAUUUAUACUAAUCCAACGGCUCCGCUUCGAUUCAUGUCACUCAACAAUCGAAAAAGAUCUUCCUCAGGGAAAGUCCCUCGGACAACUACCCCCAACCGCGGACCGGCCACUCGCCCAAUGACCACGCCUACGCACGUCUUGACCACCCCAACUCAAGAGAUGACGGCUGGUAAGAAACUAAUAGCAGGAGCCCCUGUCUCCCCUCAUACAGGAGAGCCUGUUAUUGUGAGGACUUUAGCUGGAGAGGGGAAAGGAGUAAGGACCCAACCUCCUUCGAUACGCCAAGUUCCUUCUCCUAACGAAGCCGAGGGUGAACCUCCUUCAUUUACUCCGCCCUCUUCUCGUAAAUCCCACGGGACGUCGGGAAGGAAGAAAAGAGAGUUGGUUUUUCACUGGUACAAGUCGCCAGAGGCCGCUCUGCCAUUGCCUAAAGUACCCAAGUUAUUGGACAGUGCAGUAUAAAAUGAAAAGGGAUUGUUUUCUGUUUGAAUUGUGCAAACAAAUAAUCUCCAAAUAGUUUCCUUGUUUAUUCCUUUCCUUCCAACAAUGCAAUCAACACACACACACACACACACACAGUCACGCACACACAUGAACUUUCACUCUCCACACAAUCAACUCUACAUCUGUCCUUUCUAUAUUGGACCACCAGUUACUAUAUACACAUAUGUACGUACACACGUACUGUCACUAAUUUUUCUCCUUUUGUAUGAAUAAUGACAUAUUUCUCUAUUUUGUAUAAAAUAAUGAAAUUAUAAA